CUUCAUUCGGGCCCAAACGCGUUCGCUUGGCCAGCGCGCUCGUAUCCGUCGCUUUCUUCGCCUAUCGGUGUGUGCGUGCGCCUGCCUACGUGUGUGCCUGUGCCUGUGCAUGCGAGUGUGUGUGUUAACAAAAUGUGAUUAGCAAAAAUACAAAGAAAUCAGGCAGAGUGGAACAAGGCAUUGUGGCUGAAACAACAGUCGGCGGCAGUAACAGUCGUCACUAAAAAACAACAAAAUAUAUAUGUAUUAAUAAUAGUACAUACAAAACAUAUCUUUUGAGAUAUACACGAAAUGCGAAAAUUUGCAUAAAAAGCAAUGCGCUGGCGCGGCAACAAAGCGCGGCCGUAAAAAAAUAAGUAACGCCAACGACAAUUCUGAAUUUUGUGCUUUAUCGGCAGCAGCAGCAACAAUUAAAUUAAUAUUGAACUACACCCAAAGUUAACAAAAGUAGCAGCCAUAAAAAAAAUACAACACCACAGCCGCAACAACAAAAGCGGCAACAGCAACAACCACAAACGUUGUCUACCUUUUUUACCUUUUCCAGUCUGUUUUUUUUUUUUUUGAUUUCUGUUGCUGCUGCAAGAGCGAUGUAUUGAGAGAGCGGCUUAGCUCCGAAUCGGAAACCGACUCCGAAUUCGAGGCCCACACUUCGAAGUGAUACUGAUAUGACCAGCUGUCUGCCAGCAGCCGCAGAUGCAAUACGUUGCUGCAGAUGAAGAAUUUUGACGAAUACUAAUUGGGGAAUUCUCCACGAUGCACGAACUUUUCAACAAAGUGCUCGCCAAACGCGAUCUCUCAAGAGCCGGAGAUCUCUUUUCCGUGCCGGAUGCAGAUAUAGUCGACGACAUCACGGAGGUGCUUUCCGAGAUCAGUCCGAUCAUCUCCCAUGCGGACUAUGUGAAGAACAACAAUGACCAGAGUGUGGUGGAGAUCUGUGUGACACGGGUGCUAUCCUGCAUCCGAGAAACGAAAACUGCGGAGCGAUACUGUGCUGCUCUGGUGGAUCUUCUGAGGACCUGUCUGCUGUGGAACCUCCAACCCUCGGGAACCACAAAGGAAGAGCCACCCCAUGCCAAGAUCGCUGCCGAUAUCAUCUCUAGCAUUUUCCUGAACUAUGACAAAAAAGAACUGAUGAAAAUAGCCCUUCCCGUCGCCGUUCAGUUCCUUCCAAAGGGAAACCGUGAGCUGUCGCGAAACUUGGCCAGUUACCUGUCACUGGCGGCCAUCGAUCACGCCUGCUUGCUGAGCCCUCAUACGGAGUCCGUGAUGGAGUCCAUCCUGUCCGGAAACUAUGGUCUACUCCGAGUGCUUUCGCAGGUGUACGAGGUGGCUCCGGAGGCGGUGACGCCACAUGCACCACUUCUCAUGCCCCUGCUGCCACAGUGUGAUCCGCAGGAGAGGAUGGCGGUGUUCCAGCUGUAUCUGCUGAUCGUUCAGAAGUCACCAGAGGUUCUGGAAUCCUGCGUUCCGCAACUCUGUGGCUCCCUGCUCGAUAGCGACACUUCCAGCAUAACCAUGCAGAUUCUGCUUAAGCUUUCCCAGCACUCGCCCAGCCUUCUUGUCGACCAUUUCGAGCAAUUGCGCCUGGCAGCUAAAACCAAUCCUGGAACGAUUCCGCUUUGUGCCCAGAUUAUGACUACCGCGGGUAUCGGGAGCAAGGAGACGGCCCAGCAGGCUCUGGACUUUGUGCUGGAGCACCUGCCCACGCAGGCACUCCUGCAACAGGAGGCCACUCGCCUCUGUUCCGCCUAUCCGGUUUUGUUCACCGACAAGGUCCUGGCCUGCGUGCGGCAGAAGAACGCAGCUCUCAGCUCGCAACAGGAUGUGGGGAAUGGCUUGGCAAACAAGACCUCCGGUGGUGUCACCAUUGUCAGCUUGAACAGCUCCAGUCCCAGUCCGCCGCUUAAGCCAGUUCCAGUUGAAGCACCAGCUAUUAACAGCACAAUCGUCCAGCCGGCCAGCGUAGCCAGUGCCACGCCCACACCACCUCCCGCCUCCGCCUCGGCGCCCAUUGCCAGCUCCACGCCCGUAUCGGCUGCCACGCCCACUCCCCAACAUGCGGGAUACACGCGGCGGGUAAAGCUGGGCGAUUCCCGGAGCACAGGUCGUCUGCAUCCCGCCAGCAAUACGCACCGGAGUGUGACCCGGUUGAAUGUGGCCAGCGGAUCCGUGGGAGGACUUCACAAGAGCAUGACUCGGCUGAGUAACUCGCAGAUUAACCAGCAACCUGGAGGCAGCUCCAAUGUGGUGGUGCAAUCGGGGGCUACUCCGAAGACCCCAACUGGCCUAAGCAAUCCGCCUGUGACGCCAGUGCCGCCCUUGAGCAACAACGUGGUCAUAACUGGACACAAUCGACAUGGCAUACCUGUAACCUCCGGAGGAGUGACUGUGACCACGUCGCCCUCGAAGGUGCGACCACACUCCCAAGGACCCUCAACGCUGCUCAACUCGAGCACGGUGCUGAUGAAGUACAGCACGGAUGCACUGAAUCAAUCGGUGGGCUCGAUCUCCAUACCACAGUCGGCCGCGGUGGCCACUUUACCAUCAACGCAGACACAGAAUGCGGUAUCCGUCCAUCAUGCCUCUCCGGCGCUGCCCCAAUCCGCCAGCAAUGGCCAUGCCAAGUCAGUGAUGAAACUGCCAGUCAACGGAAAUAGCGAGGUAAUCGUUUCGGGACCCACCACCAAUGUGGCACCUCGACGCAGCGAUAAUACCAGCAGGACCCUACUGAACGCCAACAGUGUCAUGGACCAGCGGAUGAGCACCUUUGAGCCAUACCAGAUUAUGCGUGAUCCUGUCCAGCAAUUCUGCGAGAAGAACUUCAAUUCGAUCAAGUCCUACAUGGAUGAGGUAUCGCAGCAUUUGCCGCCGCCCACACGUUGCAGCAUUGAGGUUUCCAAUGAAUUUGCAGAGCGUCGUACCAAAAAGGUGGCCAAACUGCACUUCGCCUGCCAGAUUCGUGGUCCCCACUGCCUGUACUCCAAAACUUGCUUCACGAUGCGAACUCGGAACCCCAAGACCUGGAUACAUAUGAUGUUCCUGGACUUUCAAGUGCGGCAUUUUGUGAAGGAGAAGUGCGUGCUGAGCACGCGUGAGUCCGGCAUUAGCAAUCUCAAGAAUAUUUGGCAGAUACUCAAGUGUGAGAACCGCAGCUUCACCGAGCUGGUUACCAGCCAGUUUCCUCAGGUCAAGGACCGCGAGAUCCUGGUGAACGAGCUGCGACACUCGGGCUUUCUGGAUGUGUUCGAGGUCUCCAAGACAGACAAGUCCAACCCGAACUGCAAUGAGUUGGAGUACCAGUGGGGCUGCUUCCUCUGCAAUCAUCCGGACAAGGCGGUGGGCUUCCUCAAUGGCAGCAAUCAGCCCAUGAUCGAGGGUCAGCUGAAGGAGAAGAAGGGCAAGUGGCGACUAUUCAGGCGCUGGCGAACGCGCUACUUCACUUUGUCCGGAGCGCACUUGUCCUGCAAAGGCUCUAGCGGAGGUGAGAGCAUCGAUGUGAAUCAGAUACGUUCGGUGAAAGUAUCUCGUGGUGCCCGCAACAUACCCAAGGCCUUCGAGAUAUUCACCGCCGACCAGACAUUAAUACUCAAGCCCAAGGACGGCAAGAAUGCCGAGGAGUGGGUGCAGUGCCUCAGCAUCGUGGUGGCCCACUCGCAGGCCCGAGAUAAUCCCACGGCCAAAACGAACAGCUUGCCAGCCCGCAGCAUGGGCAGCAGCAAGCCCUCCUUCUAGGAUUCUAGGAUGCGAUGGCAUCCAAAAACCCCAUGUGAGAUUAUUUGUAAAUGUAAAGACAGAGCAACGGCAACACACAAAAGACAAACAGACAAAGGAUCGGCGAGCACAGGACUCUGCCGACUAUAUACACACCAUAUAUAUACAAUAUAUCAUUAUAUAUAUAUAUUAUAUAUACCUUGGGCCUAUGUCCUUAGACUUAUCUAGCGUGUACUAACCAUUUCAAGGGAUUUCAAAAAUUUUGCGAAAUUGUUUUUAUCAUUUAUAGUUGAUUUUUAUACAUAUAUAUUUAGUUUAUGCUUAUUUAUUGUACGUGUAUUAAACAAACAGCUUGCUUUCGCAA